AUGUACUCUGCCAACUAUGGCUUUGGCAAUGCCGCGCCCAACUUCAACCCCCCGGCGGGCGCACAGCAGCCAGGAAUGCAGCCCGGUGGAAUGCAGCCAGGGCAGCAGGCCAUGUUUAAUCGGCAGCAGCAAUUCGCCGGUAUGACUCCCCAGGGAGUCUUCCCAGGCGCAAACCCCCAUAUGAUGCAAGACGCCAGCGCCGCCAUGAUGCAGGGUCAGGGCAUGCCCGGCAUGGCGCCAAACAAUCAGAUGGCCUACCAGCAGCAAUUCCCCGGCGCGUCAUACGGCCAGGUGCUCCCUGGGUCGGUCGGUCCCCAAGGCUUCGUUCCCAAUAACUACAUGAUGGGCCCUGGCAUGCAAGGCUUCCCCAUGGGCCAGCCCGGCAUGCCUCAGCAGCAACAGAUGAUGCAGCGCAUGCAGCAGCAGCAGCAGCAGCAGCAACAGCAGCAACAGCAGCAACAGCAGCAACAGCAGCAGCAACAGCCCCAACAAGCCCAACAGCAGCCUCCCCAGCAGCUAUCUCAGCAACAGCAGAACCAUAUGAUGGCACAGGUAUCAACGCCUCAGAGGCCCCCGAGCACAACACAAGGAACGCCGACGAAUAUCAUGCCUCCCCAACAAGCUCAGUUCUCGACUCCCCAGCCGAUGUCUCAAGGGCAGACACCUACAACCCAGCACCAGCCGCAGAUGGGAGUAGCCACUCCUCAGACGCCGACUUUUUCAUCCAACCCAGCGAGCAGCAUGGCUGCCCCAUCAAGCGCGGUGCCAAUGAGCCCUACAACGGAAAGUCUUGAAAAGGAGAGGUUUGCGCUCUUGUUAGACAUCAACCACGAGCUACUAUACGAGUCUAUUCAGAUCCAGACAACACAGCAAGAACUGAAAAAGGAAUUUGUUGCUGUCAAUGGAAACGUUCCCGACAGGAAGCCUACGGAGGAGGAGAGCCACUUCCAGCAUGAUUAUCUACAUUGCAUGCGACGACUUCAAGGAAAUCUAUCAUACAUGGCUGCCCUGGCCGAUCGAAAACCAGAUGUCAAACUCCCCCCGUGUCCACCAUACCUUAGCGCACCUCCGCUCAAUAUGGCUCUGAAACUGAGAGCGAUGCCGAUCGGCGCCGAGAACUCGAGCGUACCAGUAGACCCCGUGGCGGACAGGGAGGAACGGUAUAAAUCGAUUCAAGAUCUGUACCGCCGACUACAAGCCGUCUUCCCCGAGCAUGACCCAAAGAAUGAGCCUGCCUACCGCACGUCAGCGUCUGGCCAGAAGCCCGGCAAUCCAAUGGCAGCGAGCCAACAUGCGAGUCCGGCUGCCCAGAGAACACCCCAAUUAUCAAACAUGCCAGGGCUACCCAUGAAUCCACAAGCAGGCGUGCCUAUGCAGUAG